AUUACGACUUAGGUAGUCACGAGGCACUCCUGCUAGCACUGCUACUAUUAUAGGGCUAUUUCAAAAGCUAUCGAAUCGCUAACAACAGUAGGAUAUUGCCUUUGACUACAGGAAGAACUAAUUGAUUUGUUUAGUAAAAUUUUCAGCUUUCAUUUUGGAUUUAACGGAUGAUUUCUAAAAAUGGAUUUGCUGUUAGAUUCUGGCUAAAGUGGAUUAUAUUGCACAGAAAAACAUAUAAGUUUUUGUUUUUUUUACUGGAACCUCACUGUAUUUGAAGGAGGAUGUCUGUGAUCACUUUAUUUUUCCGUGGGCUGAGGUCCCAGGACAGCCACCCGGACAAGCGCCCGCCAGCCAUCCCCCCAGUGCACGACUAUGAUGAAGAUGACAAUGACUCCCACGCUGAAUUCACCCGAGAUGCCAACCUCCGAAAGUCCUGGGUCCGAAAGUCCAUGAGGAAGAAGAAGCAGCAGCCCAUAUCUGAACUAAUGCCACCUACAGAAAUUCAGCGAUUGGACCACAGCCCAUCUAGACCAGGCUCUUCUACAAGCAAUGGCUUACCCACAAAAUCCCCUCUGCGACCACGUCGCAUGCAGCUCGCUCCGUUGCCUGGUGACAGCAGACUCAGAGUGGGUGGGAAAGAGCCGCUCCAAAGCCCAGACUAUCAGAACAUGAUCGCCUAUCGCACUCACCGCUUCUCCGGCACAAACGCCAGCCAAACACUCUGCGACCCCCCCAACGGUGCCCGUACUACCCUCCAAAACUCCAUCAACCCCAUCCACACAGGAGAAGACAUGAAGGGCAGCUACAACAACAGGCUGCCGAGCAAUGGAGAGAGCAACACAGUCGGUCUAAACAUUAUCAAAAACAUUGCGUUCUUGUACCAGGAGUACCGGGACAGUUCGAAGCAGCAGGAGAUAGAACAGAGGCGUCAGGCAGAGUCUAUGUCCCCAGGUGAGGUGAGGCGCAGUGGUUCAGACUCCAGUGCUGUGUCCCCUCCCUCCCUCCAGCUCCAGCUCAGAAACACCACCCACUCCCUCAGUCUGUGGCAGAACCUGGAAGUGGUGCAGAACAGCGGGCUCCUCCACAAACUGCCCCAGAAGGAGAUCAUCAUGCAGGAGGCCAUGUUUGAGCUGGUGUCCUCAGAAGCAUCUUACUACAAGAGUCUGGAGAUUUUAGAAACUCACUUCCUGCGAAACCCUGUCCUCAUCAACACUCUCAGUCAAUCAGACAUGCACUUCCUGUUCUCCAACAUUGAGGGUGUCAUGAAAGCCAGUGAACAUUUCCUAAUGGACCUGGAGCACCGUAUCGAGGAGAGCAUCUUGAUUUCAGACGUGUGUGAUAUUGUUUACACUCACGCUGAGGAGCAUUUCAAUGUCUUCAUCACCUACGUCAUCAACCAGAACUACCAGGAGAAGAACUACAGGCGCAUACUCGAGGGGAACCAGGCAUUUCGAGAUGUCAUGGAGACUUUGGAGAAACAUCCCAGAGUCCGAGGUCUGUCCUUUCCAUCAUUUUUGAUUCUGCCAUUUCAGAGGAUCACCAGACUCAAACUCCUCGUGCAGAAUAUCCUGAAAAAAGCUGAAGAAGGCUCAGAGCGAGAGGCCAACGCAAUAAAAGCACAUCAAAGACUUGAACAGAUUGUGAAAGAGUGCAAUGAAGGUGUGCGCAAAAUGAGCCGCACUGAAGAGCUAAUCAGCAUUGAGAAAACACUUGAGUUUAAAUCAAAGUCGAUUCCCAUUAUUUCCCACUCUCGCUGGCUCCUGAAGAAGGGAGAGGUGCAGCUCAUGUCGGGACCCAAAAGCACCAGAACCACAAAAGGCAAGAAGCUGUACCAGCCUGUGUACCUGUUCCUCUUCAACAACCUCCUGCUCAUCACCAAACGCAACUCCAGUGGAGAUAAGUUCCAGGUGUUGGACUCCUGCACUAGAGCCAUGUUGAGGACUGACGACCUUGAAGACCAGGGGCAGCUCUUGGCCAACGUCUUCAAUCUCAGACUGCUGGAAAACCAAGAGGAACGGACAGUAAACUAUAUGCUCAAGACUACCAGUAUGAGUGACAAACUAAGAUGGAUGUAUGCUCUGACCCCAAGUCGUCGCACACGGUUCAUGUCCACAAGCACCCAUCAAUCAGACUCCCCUCAGGUCCAGUGCAUCCAGUCAUACUCGUCACAGGAACCAGAUGAGCUGUCCAUAGAAAUGGCCGACAUAUUGAAUCUGCUGGAGCGAACAGACGAUGGAUGGAUGUUGGGCGAGCGGCUUCAUGACGGCGAGCGGGGCUGGUUCCCGAGUCGCGUUGUGGAGGAGAUACAGAGCAAAGAGGUGAGGAUCCAAAACCUGCGUGAGGCCCUCCGGAUCCACCAGGCCCAGGAAGGAGUGGGCUGUCCCCAGAGCGGAGCCAGGACUGGGGCACGAGCCGCACGCCGCCCCCCAAACAAGAACUUUUCUAACACAUGGAGUGACCAGUAAAACUCCAACAUACCAACAUGGACUUUUAAUUAUGAUCUAUUAAUAUAUUGCUGUUUGUAUAAUGAAAUGAAGAAAACUUUACAUUGAGGUUUGCACCAAACAAAAAUAAGUUGUUUUACUAUUUCAUAUAGCUGUUUUGAACCGGACUGUUUUCAAAUUGUUUUCUAUAGAGUACGAAGUGACCAGCCACAAUUAUAAGGCACUAAUGCAUUGGAAUUGUGCAUUAAAAAUCUCUUGUCAGCAACUCUAUGCACUUGGUAUGAAGACAAACAUGCUCAUUACAGUAUAACAAUAGAAUUCACUGUUAAUACUGUCAUUGUGUCCUUGGGCAAGAAGAAUAGCUGACACAUACCCAUUUUUUAUUCUUUUAACAACAUGAAAUACAGAACUAGUUCAUUUCAAAUGAUUGACAUUGGUCCAAAGCUAUUCCUCAUUUACCUUAUACAUUCUGAGCAUACUAAUUAUUCUCUCAGUGAGUUUGUAUGCACUUUUCAGUAGACCAGAGCGGAGUUGCAGAGCCGUCAUGGUAAAGCUGACAGCAUGCUGUGGUUAUAUUUUUAUCUCAAGAGCUGCUUCUAGAAUAUAGCUGUACUGGGGCAAGACAAAUUUUGCUCAGAUACAUCAGGUACAGACUCUUUAAUGAAUAAUGGACUAAAAUAUAUAAACUAAGUGCCCGAAAACGCAAUAUAUACUUUUUUUAAUACUCGCUACCUGUGUCAGUUGGUAUUAAACAUAAUGUGGUCAGUAAUUGCUUUGUACCAGUAUAUUUGAGAAACUGGGUUCACUCUUAUUAUUUUUUAAAGAAUGGUCAGCUUUUAUAAUGUUCUGUAAAUAUGUGCUGCAUGAAAACAGCAUUGUUCAAGUCAAUGUAAAAUAAUUAUAAACAGUCACAUUUCCAAAGUAAA